AUGGCGGCGCCAAGCAAAGCCGCGUUCUUGCUGGCCGACAAGAAGCUGCAGGUUUCGGAUCUGGAGGAUAUGAAUGGCAGCACAGCCCAAGAGUCGAUAUCGGAGGAGAAGACACCCAAAGAGGAAGAAACAGAGACCCCCGAACAUGAGACCAACUAUCUUGAGGGGAUCAAGCUCUUCAUUGUCAUGUCGGGCUUGACCGUCCUGAUGUUUUUGGUCAUGCUGGACAUUUCGAUUCUGGGAACCGCAAUCCCCCAAAUCACCAGCGACUUUGAACGGCUCCAGGAUGUAGGCUGGUAUUGGACAUUGCUUGCCUUUUUCUUCCUCUUUGAGAUUGGCUCUGCCGUCUGCGGAGCCGCAAACUCCUCGACCAUGCUGAUUAUCGGCCGUGCAAUUGCUGGCCUAGGAUGUUCUGGCCUCACCAAUGGUCUAUUGACAGUCAUCGUUGGGGCCGUAGCUCCGCGCCAGCGUCCUCUCUACACGGCUGUUGCUAUGGGAAUUGGCCAAAUUGGCAUUGUUCUCGGACCCGUCAUUGGCGGUCUAUUUACUGAGCAUGCUAGCUGGCGCUGGUGCUUCUAUGUCAACCUUCCCCUGGGAGGUCUUGUUGGGCUCUUCAUCGCCGUCAUCGCCAUCCCCGACCAGAUAGAAAAAGAGCGCGUGAGCUUUGGUCUUAUCCGUAAGAUCAUACCUAAAUUUGACUUGACCGGAUUUGCGCUCUUUACUCCAGCAUCCGUUAUGCUCCUUCUUGCCCUCCAGUUCGGCUCCGGAGAGUACGGUUGGAGCUCACCCAAAGUCAUUGGACUUUUCUGUGGAGCAGGCGCCGUGGCUCUGUUGUUCAUCGCUUGGGAAUGGAGGGUAGGCGAUGAGGCUAUGAUUCCGCUGAAACUGGUGUCCCAGACAGUAGUCUGGACAAGCUCGCUGAACUUCGCCUUUCUCAUGAGUGUUACAGUGGGAGCCAGUAACUUCCUGCCCAUCUAUUUCCAGUCUGUGAAAGGGCUGUCGCCAACGACGAGUGCUGUCUACAUGUUACCAGGAAUCAUUUCCCAGCUUAUUUUCCUCCUCUUCUCGGGAGCUCUGAGUAUGAAUUUCUGGUUCCUUCGCACCUCUGGGGCAUCCUAUUUCUCAUUUGCUAACUUUUGCACAGUGACAAAACUCGGAUAUUACAUUCCAUGGGCCCUGUUCGCAGCCGGUGGCACAGCCAUUGGAUGUGGCCUCAUCGCGACAUGGGCGCCCAGCACCACCCUUGCUCAUUUGAUCGGCUUUCAAGUUCUUUACGGAUUCCGGGGCGCAGGAAUUCAAGUUGGUACUGUGGCACUCCAGAACGCUCUGCCUCCCGCCCAGGUCGCCGUGGGCAGUUCCUUCCUCGUAUUCUGCCAGAAUAUGUGUAGCGCCAUCCUCAUUACCGUCGCCAACACUAUCUUCCAAGAAAGCCUCAAAUCCAAGAUUCCCAUCGCAGCCCCUUCUGUUGGUGUGCAAGCUGUCAUUGCCGCUGGAGGUAGCGCCGAGGCCGUUAAGAAGCUGGCCCCUGCAGGCAGCGCAACCAUGGACGGCAUACUGCGGUCUUACUCUGAGAGUUUCGGAAACGUAUUCUAUCUCUGGGCGGGCUUUUGCGUUGCAGCUUUCGCUGUUUCCUUCGGCAUGGGCUGGAUAGACUUGCGGAAACUUGAGAAGAAACCAGCCAAGCGUGAGGAAGUCUAG